AUGCACUUUGCUUUAGAUAUAUCCUCAUAUUCCAUCAUUUCUUGCCCCUGUUCUUCUGACAACCACCCCAGAAGUAAGGUUCACCAUGUUCGAAAACCUCCUCCUGCGAGGGCACUGCAGGACAUUAGCAGCAACAGCAAUAGUUCCACACAUGUAUCUUCGAUGGACAUCAUUCUAGGGAUUAAGGAAAAGCCUGCUGAAUUCAAGAUUUCAAAGAAAUCGGCAAAAGAAUAUUCUGGUUCAAAGCUGGAUGCUCUCUUCCGUCACCCUCUGUAUAAGACCCGUAUGCCAACAAUAAAGGAAGAAGACAAACUAUUUAAAGUUAAUCCUAAUGAAAAAUUUACUCUGAAGGGCAGUGGGAGUGACGAAUGGUGAGCAGAGUUAGAUUUUUUUUGUGCUAUCAAAAAAUAAUAAAAAGGUGAGAAUAUCAAAUUGGUUUCCUGAAUACAGUGGAGAGAAUCUCUUUUGUGCUUGCAUAGUAACAGGUACAAAGUUUGAUAGAGUCAAAGCUUGAGUUUUUCGCAAAUUUAUAGUUAUAUAAACCUUUGUGUGAAGAGGUACAGUGACACCAGACCUCCUUGCACCACAACUUAUCCAAGAAGCAUAGGCUGUUGUUGUAUUUAGACUGUCCCUUACAUUUUCUGGCCUGUUACACAUUUAGCUAUUUUAUAGAAGAACUGUACAGUACGUAUAGUAAGAUCAUUGUUACAGUUAACUCAUUUUUAUUUUUUUUUUUAUUUUUUUUACAUUUCAUCAAAGUGUGUGUGUGUGUGUGUGUGUGGGUGGGUGUAUGUGUGUGCGUGCUGAAGGGUUAAACAGAUGGAAAAUAAUAACUGAAGCUGUAUUCUGAUUGGUAAAAAUCCCAAGCAGGCAAAUAAAAUCUUGAUGGAAUCUACAUCACUGGUAGUAAACUAGUAACAUAAAAUGUAUGGAUGAGAAUGCUGUCUACUGACUGCAAAAUAAACCUAGGAACAUUCUAUAAUUUUACAUGCUUAAUGCUUGCUUUUUCUAAAAUGCGUGGACUGACAUAUCUCAGGUUGCCACGCUCAGCAGCUGUGUCAAAGAAAGAGAUUAUUGUUUUUAGCAGUAGAAUCUUGGUUUUCCACCUAAUAUCAUCAGAGUGAAUGACAUGAAAUAACAAUAAUUAAGUUCUGUUCCACUAAAAUUAGUUUUCCCUUGUAAUCUGGAACUUAAAAAAAUGCUCAAUUCUGAAAUACCAUGUGUGCUUGUUAUUUUUACUAUGUCAGUAAGCACCGACCAUUUCAAACGUGUAAAAAGAGAGGUAAGGAUAAGAUGUGUUUCAUGUAAGGGAAAAGUAGGUUGCUAUAAGAGUUUAUAUUGAAGUCUUCGAUUUUUAGGUGACACAGUUGCAGAAGAAGAAUCAAGGUUCAAAGUUAGUGAGGUGUGGGGAGGGGAAACUGUUAACAGUUUCAUUGAUAUUCUUGGAGAAGUGAGUUCUCUGUGAUUUCUUUUUUUAAGGAAUGGAGACUGGGUGAGAGUCUAAUAGAGCGGGGACGGGAGUUCCAUAGGAACAGUGCAGUCGUAGAGAAGUCAUGAAGGUGGGGAUCAGUGGUGCGAGUGAAGAGGAUAGACGAAGGUCUUUGGCCAACCGUAGAAACCUGGAUGGCACAUACUUGUGUGCUAGGGAGGACAGGUAUGUUAGGAGCAGUGUUAUGAAGUGAUUUCUACAAGCCUACUUUUCUGCUGGCAAUAAAAGCUGACUUUUUAUUUGACCUUCUGUCCUCUGCUCACGAAAGCAAUAUGUUUUUAUCCAGAACAUGUUUCAGUUUUCUCAUGAUGUGAGACUCGAUCAAUACACUGUGUGAGUUAUGCUCUUUGACUCAAACAGCUUCACGUUUCUCAAAGGAGAAUAUUCUAUCAUUAAAAGCCAAGCAUUCUGCAAUCUAGUCAUUUAUUCUAGUUGGACCAUUAAAAUGCCUGAUAAUGUUUUUUUUAACUUUCAACAAUGAAGUCACUGUAUUUGAGUAGGAAUUCAAUGACUUUAUGAUCGAUUGUAGUAGGAUAGAACCCCAAAUACACAAUAACAUAAGCAGGCAAAGAAGCUUUACAAAAUGUAUGUCAUCUCUUCGAUGCAUACUAAACUAUCUAUAAAGAUUCCUUUCAUUACAGAGGAAUACAUUACAGGGAACACAAAUCACCUGGUAGCCACCAAUAGUCCAUGCAUCUAGUGUCCCUAGCUAAGGUACCUGAAACUAUAUAAAUUAAUAGAACAGUUAAGGGUUGCCAAGCUAGUUUCUGUAAUGGUACUUACCCGGUCCGCGAGCCGGCAGGGGACCUCUGAUCGAGUCACACAAGCACUCCUGCCUCCAGGCGAGCCCCAUGUGGCUCGGAAGCUCCUUACUCCUGGCAGUGCAGCUAGCGCCGAACACUCUGAUCGGGCGCGCUUCCCGUACAGUAUUGGGAACGUUGCUCACAUUGUGAACACGUUCUUAAAGGGGAAAUGGGAACCUUACCUUGCGGUUGGCUCCCAUUGGCCCACGUCAUUUUGGUGCCCCCAUUCACACAAAUUUUGGGGCGCAGUCAUGACGUGGACAAUCAAAUUAAAAAUAAAGGUAUUUAAACUUACCAGGCCCUAGAUUCUGUGCCCUUUUGUGGUUUCUGUUCCCAGUACCCUUUGGUGCGUUCCUAGUAAUUUGUAUUGUAUUCUGGUAUUGACCUCGGCUUCGUUUCCUGACUCUGAGUUUCUCGUUAACCCUUGCCUGUCUUGUUUGCUCUUCUGAUUAUUACCGUGUAUCUGACUCUGGCUGGUUCUCGUAUUCGCUGUCUCUUCGUUACCCUGACCUUGGCUCGUAUUUCGACUUCGCUUUUCUCUGUCUAAAGUUAAGUCCGGCCACUCUAAGGCCGGUAAGAUGUUUAUAUUUCUUUUGUCUGUUCUGGCUAUCCUUUACUCUGCGUGUUAUGGUUACACUCGGUGACAGUUUCUUUAUUUUUACACACACACACACACACAGUGGUGGUUCUAGGCCUUAGGUGAAACUCAAACAUGAGGCAAACAGUUGUGGAAAAAUUGUGUGUCUGCAUUGCAUGUGUUUGUAUUAGGAGCUGUAUAGUGUGUUUUAUAUAUCUAUAUCGGCUGAAGUGAAUGUGUGUGGUAUGUAUCUAUAGGGGCUGUAGUGUUUUGCAUAGGGGUGCAUUGUGUGUGCAUAGGGAUGUAGCAUGUGUGUAUAGGGGGUGUAAUGUGUGCACAUGGGGAUAUAGUAUGUGUGUGUAUAGGAUAUAGUGUGUGUAUAGGGAGUGUAGAGUGUGUAUAUUAUUUGUGUAUAGGGAAUAUAGUAUAUGUAUCCUCUUCUGCAACUGUCAUUAGUCUAAUACUAUCCUUACCUUUUUGUGUCAUUUUACCCCACUCCCUCUAGCAUGUAAGCUCAUUGAGCAGGGCCCUCAACCCCUUUGUUCCUGUGUGUCCAACUUGUCUGGUUACAAAUACAUGUCUGUUCGUCCACCCAUUGUAAAGCGCUGCGGAAUUUGACGGCGCAUUAUAAUUAUCAUAAUAUUAAUAAAAAUAAUGUAUACAGUGACAGCCUUGAGUCUUUAGUAAAAACAAAAGGGAAUUGGGGCAAACCCAGACAAUGCAUCAUGUAGGAAUGGUGCAGCCGUAGUGACCAAAAUUUAUACAUACUACAGAUUAAGGAACAGCGCACUCAUAAAAUACAUUUUCAAAUUCUAUAAGGCUACUUAAAAUCACUUAUCUCAGCAAACAAAUAUGGGGCUUCAAGUUCCACCUUAUGCCCAUAUUGUGUUAAGCCCAUUACUUCUUCACAGUACCCCAAUAUCAGUGGGUCUUACAUUAAUUCCAACGGGAGGGACAAUUCAAAUAUUGCUAAAUAAGCUGACAUGUAUUUACUCACAGUUUUUUAUUUACCCCAAAACAAACAUUAGAAAUCUUGAUGAAACAGGUAUUAAACUUGUAUGUGCAAUAUAUGCAUAAUUAUUAUUAAAUAAAACAGAAAUAAACAAAUGUUUGGCCCUGUUUAGCAUGCAGCCAUUUUCAGAGCCAGAAUAAUAAUUACAGUAAAAAUGAAAAUCCAGCGCACUCACUUAUCUACUAAACAGUCAUUUUAAUGCUGAACAAUUUUCAGUUUUAUUAAAAACACCUAAUCUAGGCAAAAAAUAUAAUGGGGGUUUAGUUACAGUAUAUGAUCAUACAUUGCAUAAGCCUGCCACAACGCCAAUGUACCCCAUCUUUGGCAGGUCCUACUCUGUCUGCUAAAUGAGCUUCUCACUUGGGGAAAUCCUUCCAUAUCGAGAUCUCUGCAGUACAAGGCUUAAAUAGGGUCCUGAGAUGAGGCACCUGUAACAGGGAGGGGUGCAAAACCCAUGGAGCUGGCUAGACUCCUAAAUAUAUACAUAUAUGAGAAAAUAAGGGUUUGUCUGCACUCACCUACACACAGUGAGUACAGCCAAACCCUUAUUUUCCCAGAAUAAUAAUUAAACAUAAUAAGGGUAUGUACCGGGAGUGCAGAAUUAUUAGGCAAAUGAGUAUUUUGACCACAUCAUCCUCUUUAUGCAUGUUGUCUUACUCCAAGCUGUAUAGGCUCGAAAGCCUACUACCAAUUAAGCAUAUUAGGUGAUGUGCAUCUCUGUAAUGAGAAGGGGUGUGGUCUAAUGACAUCAACACCCUACAUCAGGUGUGCAUAAUUAUUAGGCAACUUCCUUUCCUUUGGCAAAAUGGGUCAAAAGAAGGACUUGACAGGCUCAGAAAAGUCAAAAUAGUGAGAUAUCUUGCAGAGGGAUGCAGCACUCUUAAAAUUGCAAAGCUUCUGAAGCGUGAUCAUCGAACAAUCAAGCGUUUCAUUCAAAAUAGUCAACAGGGUCGCAAGAAGCGUGUGGAAAAACCAAGGCGCAAAAUAACUGCCCAUGAACUGAGAAAAGUCAAGCGUGCAGCUGCCACGAUGCCACUUGCCACCAGUUUGGCCAUAUUUCAGAGCUGCAACAUCACUGGAGUGCCCAAAAGCACAAGGUGUGCAAUACUCAGAGACAUGGCCAAGGUAAGAAAGGCUGAAAGACGACCACCACUGAACAAGACACACAAGCUGAAACGUCAAGACUGGGCCAAGAAAUAUCUCAAGACUGAUUUUUCUAAGGUUUUAUGGACUGAUGAAAUGAGAGUGAGUCUUGAUGGGCCAGAUGGAUGGGCCCGUGGCUGGAUUGGUAAAGGGCAGAGAGCUCCAGUCCGACUCAGACGCCAGCAAGGUGGAGGUGGAGUACUGGUUUGGGCUGGUAUCAUCAAAGAUGAGCUUGUGGGGCCUUUUCGGGUUGAGGAUGGAGUCAAGCUCAACUCCCAGUCCUACUGAUUUUCAUGCAGGACAAUGCUCCAUCACACGCGUCCAAGUACUCCACAGCGUGGCUGGCAAGAAAGGGUAUAAAAGAAGAAAAUCUAAUGACAUGGCCUCCUUGUUCACCUGAUCUGAACCCCAUUGAGAACCUGUGGUCCAUCAUCAAAUGUGAGAUUUACAAGGAGGGAAAACAGUACACCUCUCUGAACAGUGUCUGGGAGGCUGUGGUUGCUGCUGCACGCAAUGUUGAUGGUGAACAGAUCAAAACACUGACAGAAUCCAUGGAUGGCAGGCUUUUGAGUGUCCUUGCAAAGAAAGGUGGCUAUAUUGGUCACUGAUUUGUUUUUGUUUUGUUUUUGAAUGUCAGAAAUGUAUAUUUGUGAAUGUUGAGAUGUUAUAUUGGUUUCACUGGUAAUAAUAAAUAAUUGAAAUGGGUAUAUAUUUGUUUUUGUUAAGUUGCCUAAUAAUUAUGCACAGUAAUAGUCACCUGCACACACAGAUAUCCCCCUAACAUAGCUAUAACUAAAAACAAACUAAAAACUACUUCCAAAAAUAUUCAGCUUUGAUAUUAAUGAGUUUUUUGGGUUCAUUGAGAACAUGGUUGUUGUUCAAUAAUAAAAUUAAUCCUCAAAAAUACAACUUGCCUAAUAAUUCUGCACUCCCUGUAUUAUGAUCAAUUAUGGGGCACAAUUCUCAAAAUGGAGCAGCAACACUCCAAUGGUUUCGAUGGUGAUUACAUUUUUCACUGUUACUACAAGUUACUCUUAGAAGGUUACUCCAAGCAUCAUAACCAGAACAGCCUAUUGAUGGGAAUAUUGAUAGUUAAUGUUAGCCUGAAGACUAUGUCCCAUGCUGCUUGGCCGCAUUAAAUGUAUAGGAGAACAACUUCUGUAGAAACAGGAUGCAGAUCCUGCCGCUCAUUCAACCGGCUGAGUUCGUCAGCUGAAUUGUCGUUAGAUUACAGGGCUGGCAGAAUUGUCACUAGCUUACCGGCUGUCUAAUGAAAAAGCAAUGGCUUGCCAUAUGUGGAGUUACACCUCUGGCAGCAAAGUGCUUAAACUCCUUAUACAGAUCUAGGCACCAUGACCACUUCAAAUUACUUAAGUUUUGUAUUUUAAUAAAGGCUAUGUUUAUUAAAAGCUUCCAUAUCUACUUUAAAGACUUUGUCUUUCAUUCCCAAUUGCACAUUUACUUACUUUUACACGAUUUCACUCAAUGCCUAACUUACUUCCGUUAUAUCUUUCUUCAGGGUCAGUGCUGAUAUGCAGUUUGUCCUUCCAACAGGGGAAACACCAGAGGACACUUACCCUACAUGGCUGAAGUUUCACAUAGGGAUCAAUCGUUAUGAGCUAUACCCAAGACAAGAUCCACUCAUUCCUAUUCUGUUAAAAGAUUUGUCCUCGCAGCGUAUUCUGCAGUCAGGUAAUAAACUUUCCAAUCAACUCUUUGUCCAAUUGCAGUUUAUUGUCCAAAAUAUUUUAACUAUUUUUAUUUUAUUUUAUUAAUACCCCUAAAUGCUAUGACACUUGUUGAUGAAAUGUACACUGAUCAGUCACAACAUGAAAACCACCUGCCAAAUAUUGUGUAGGCCCCCUCGUGCUGCCAAAAUUGCUCUGAUGUGUCGAGGCAUGGAGUCCACAAGACCUCUGAAUGUGUCCUGAUACCUUUGUCAAAGUCACUCUGAUCUUUUCGCUUGCCCAUUUUUUCUGCUUCCAACAAAUGAGAUUCAAGGCUGAUUAGUAUAUAUGAGAGUUAUUAGUCUGUGUUUAAAAAUCUUAACAUUUUCGAUGGGAAAAGUAAAUUGGAACUUGCAUAUUUUAUCUCAACAAUUCUUAAAAAAAAAACACGCUGUAUACUUUGUAGUGGGAAGAAAUAGAAAAUGAAUAAAACAAAGGGUAAACACUAAAAAAAGAGUUAUAGAAAUAGACAUUUUAGUACAUUUAACAUUACCAAGUAUCAUUAUUAGUCUCAUUUGCAUCAUCAGUACAUAGAAUAAAUACUAUGUUAACUGAUACCCUAACCUUUGGAAUGAUUAUGCCAUGACACUUUGUCUGCAUUUAAAUGCACAUUUUGCUCAUCUCCUUAUAGUCCAGAUACCUGGUGGGACACAGCUCAAACUACUGAUGACUUUCCCGAACUAUGGACAAGCCCUCUUCAAACCCAUGAAGUGAGUAUGGGAAGAGAAAUAGGAAAUAGGAAUGGGAGGCUGUUAAUUAUUGAGUCCAGAUGCUGUACAUGACACAGGAAUUUUAAGACUAUAUAUUUCUCUCUUCAUUUUCCUGUCAAGUAAGCAUGUACCUUAUUCACAUUAGCUAAAAAUAACUCAUCUUGAACAGUUCUUGUACAAAUGUGUAAAACUGAAAAGCUGUUCUAGAAACAUGUUUGGGUAUGGCAGCAUGAUGACAGAUGAGGGGGCUAUAUGGAACAAUGUGUGCCAUGUGAAGGUAAAAUAUUUACACAAUGAAGAAUAUGAUAUUCUCACGCUUAUUUUCAAUAAAAAGAGGAAAGCUGAACUACAACUCUCAUAACUCCCUGAUGUUUAUAUUCUCAGGAUAAGACAGCUAUAUUUGUUGAUGUCACAUACAACUGUAUUAUUAGGGGGAAAGGGGCAAUGCUGGAUGGGGGGUGGGGAAAUAGGAUGGUACCAGCAUUACAUCAAUGAAUGUUAAAUUAAAACCCGCGCACGUAAUUGCAUCACAUACACAUAUUGGUUGCUAAAUACUAGGCAGGUUGACAGGCACGUCGACACAUCUUCUUACUCCUAUUAAGAGUCACAAUUUUCCAUUUGAAAAUAUAUCAGCUUGCAAUGUUCUAUUAUAGAAUUACAUAUAUAACAGGGCAAUUCUAUUGAUUUUUGCACUAGUGCAGGAUUAGGCAACGUUCGGCACCCCAGAUGUUAUGGAUUAUAUCUCCCCUUGAUAUUUCAGCAUUAUGUCCAUGAGAGAAUUACGGGAGAUGUAGUCCACAACAUCAGGAAGGCUGAAGGUUUCCUACCCCUACAGUUUGAGAUUACCAGGUCCAGCAAUAUAUUAUCAAUAUAUAUCAAUUCAUAAAUAUAUUUUUCCCUUUGUAGUAGCUACAAAACAAGAAUUCUGUAAACACAUUACAUGAUUCUAGUAUGACAUGAAGGUCAUUUAUUUCAUGUCAAUCUGCAAAUUAUACUAAUUUAUACUAUUUGAGGAUAGAUAACUUUGGCAUCUCUUCUUACAAUCACACGUUUCUGAGAAAUCAGUAUGUAUACUGCCAAUAUCUAUGUAUUUGUUCCAGGGCAGAGUGGGUAUGCAUGGCUCAUUUCUGAUUCUAAAAGACUAGUUUAUUGGAUAUAUUCCCUGGGCAAAGCAACAGUUCUCACAUAUUAUGGCUCAAAAAGCUGCCAGCUCUGAAUAGGCUAUUGAUCACAUUUUCUUUCGUGACUAAUAGAAUAAUAAAACAUGUCAAAAUUAUUUGGUUUGUUCUGGAUAAAAAUCAAUAAAUGCAAUGAAACAUUUGCAGUGUAAAUUUAGAAUGUAAUAGAAUUAGAAAAAUAAAUCAACAUUAAAAUAGAAUUGAAAGGUACUUCCUUUUUAAAUUUAAAUGACUUGAAUUACAGCCCUUUGCUGUGUUAAUAGCACAUGGCAUGCUUCUUAGGAAGGCAAAAGGCUGAAUUGGCAAACAAUACAAUGUGAUAUUUUUAAGUCAAAAUAGAAUCCUUCACUACUCAGUAUUCAGGAGGAGCCCUUGUGGGGGAGAUCCUGUGGCAUUUUUGUUGAUUUACUGGGUCUCGUCUGAUAGAUCUUGACCCUGGUAGAGUAGAGCAAAGUCAGAUAUCGCCAGGUCAGGAAUGGAGAGAUGCUGAUAGUCAUCAGGUCAAAGAUCUCUCCACAUAGGAUUAUCUAAAACAGGUAGAAACUGGCAUAGGUAGCAAUGGGCAUAUUUCAAUAGGAGAACAUACAAAACCAUUAUAAUGCAUUUUCACAAGGUGGAAUGUGAGAGUUGCAUUAGACUACUUGCAGACUCACAAAGAAGAUGCUGGGGUAUCCUAUGCAGGGCCGUCUUUCAUAUUGAUUUGACCUUGGUCAAGCAUUUGCUUGGGCCCCCUGGACCCUGCCCCCUCACCCCCCACUUCAUGGCAUGCAAUCAAGCCCCCCACCCCAGCAGAGACAGAUAUAAAGUAGAGAGGGCCCUAGUGCCUAUUGCAAAGGUGGCCAAAAGGUAGAUCCUCAUCUGUCGUGCAACUCCAACAAUGCUUUGACAGCUGGGGUCUACCAUUUUCCCAUGCAUGCAGGGUUGUAUUUAGCACUGAGCAGUGUUUGCGUUUAAAUUUAAGCAUGUUUGUGUAUGAGUAUGUUUGUGUGUAGUGUUGGCGUCUGACACACACACACACACACACAUACAGGCAUACUGGCUGACACACACACACACACAUACAAACUGGCACACACACAGAUGCAUACUUGCACACACAUAGACAGACAUACUGACACACAAACAGACAGACAUACUGGCACACACACAGACAGACUGGCACACACACACAGACAUACUGACACACAUACUGGCACACACACACAGACAUACUGACAUGUACACACACAAACACAUACUGACACACACACAGACGUACUGACACACACAGACAUACUGGCACACACACAGACAUACUGACACACACACAGACGUACUGACACACACAGACAUACUGGCACACACACAGACAUACUGACACACACAGACAAACAUACUGACACACAUACUCAUACACACACACACACACACACACUUUUAAAGCCAGUUUCCUACCUUUGCUGGUACCUUUCCUGGGGUCCAGUGUGCUGGCUGGGGUGCUUGGGAGUUGGGGUCUUGCUCUGCUUGUUGGCUCUUACACUGCCUCCUGGCUCUGCCUCCCUCCCACGUGGCUCAUCUUCUCUGUGGGAGGAAGUGACUCACGGUCGUCACUUCCUCCCAUGCUGCUGUAAAGGGGCCCGGUCGUGCUGUUAAAGGGCCACAGCGCCCGACCAGGCCCCUACUGAAACAUGCUCACUGGGUGACCCUUAGAGUGUGGGCCCCCGAUGCAGCCGCAAUACCAGAAUUUCUUUUUUUUUGCUGGAUGCGGGCAGCGGGGCCCGGGGCAGCUGCCUUGCUUGCCCCGUGCUAAAGACGGCCCUGAUCCUAUGACCUAUGUUAUAGUAUGGGCAUGACAACUCAUCAGUAAUCUUCAAUCUUUAGUAAUCUGAGAAAUAGCACAGAGACUAAAAUAUUAUUACAUAUAUGUACCUCAUGAAUAUGUGCAUUAUAGGAAAGUAUAUACCUAUAGAUGGUCUUUUCAUGGAUAUGUUUUGAAGUAUCAGUGUAUUCACUUGUUUUUCUUAGACAAAGUCGAGACCAGGAGACCCCUGAAGACUUUUUUUACUUCUCAGAUUUUGAAAGACACAAUGCAGAGAUAGCAGCAUUUCACCUGGACAGGUACAAAGCAGACUAUUAACGUAUGGUUUUCCUUACUGUAGUUAUAAUGGUUUUUCAUGUUCACAAUUAUAGUGAUAGAUAUCUAAGUUUACAAUGAUAAAAAAGUUUCAACUCCAAAUACAGCUUUAGAACAUUUUUUUUGUUUACAUCCCAUGAAGGAUUCUGGAUUUCCGCAGAAUUCCACCUGUGGCUGGACGCCUGGUGAAUAUCACUAAAGAAGUCAGAGAUAUCACGACAGACAAGAAGUUAUAUAGGACUUUUUACAUAUCACCAGGUGAGGCGGAUAUCUUGCACAACGCAUGAAAUGAAUUUGGUUUUAUAUGAAUUGAUAUAUGUAUAUAUUACAUCAAAGGCUUUUCGGAAGGUUAAAUCUUAACCGCUUCUAAGAUGUGCUGGACCAUUGUUUUCAGUUUGGUAUGCUUUACACCUGGUUUGCAGGACCAGGGUCACCAUCUCUGCAGAAUAGCUGGAAACAUUCCGCUGUCUACUUAUUUUCACUUAGCUUCAAGGUUGGCUCCAGAAUUCAGGUUAUGUUAGCCAAGUUUGGUAGAGACUGGAAUUGUUUCAUUUAAGUUACGUUGUUUUUAUCCAUGGUUUUGUAGACGGAAAGUGUUGUGGAAACGACAUCGUUUGAACUUGGUUCAGUCUACAGGUGUUCUUUCAGCAUGAUUUAGCCUGCACAUAUUUAUUGUUACCUGUAGUUAAACUGUGAUUAAGUCAAAUGUGCUUGUUAUAGAUUACAUUAUAAUGGGAAUGCAAAAAUUUGAUUAGAAAUGUAUAGCACGGCUCUAAGCAUUCCUUAGAAGGAUAGAGGGUUUAAACCCCCAGAUUUUGUGGCUUUUUUAGGCCUCUUCAGAUAGUAGAGAGGAUAGGAGUACAUUUGUUUUGUUUUUUUUUGUUUUUUAAUUCACGUCAAGUUGCUGCUUCUCAAAGGCUCUUAUUCUAAAAAGAAUGAUCUGUAGUGUAGUUCACUCUCAAUCUGUGGAGGGGCUGCUGUACCCUAGUUAAAUAUUGAAAGAGGGUGCUGAAGAACAGACAUUUGCUGCACAACCUUCUGUUAGUGAGGCAGUGUGACAGGAUGGCAAUGAAUACCUGGCUGUGUAGCAUGUGCCUGUUUCUGGCUAUACUUUUAUUGAGGUAAUGGAGAGAUUCAGGAGCAUGCUGUUCAUGGGUAGAGAGGAUAGGACAUAUCAUAGAAAGAACAUAGAAAGGCAGUGAUAUAUCAUAACAUAUCUCCAUAUCACUGCUAGUGUAGGGGUCAUUUAAUUUCCUUUGGGUUGAAGCCCCAGGUGUUUCUGAAAUCUAGGAAUGUCCCUCUAUACAGGUAAACAACAGUUAUGUUAGAUUUACACAUAGCCAAUCUAAAAUGGAACACACCACUAGAUUUAGAUAAUGGUUUUGGGACCCCCUCCAUGACUUAUACAUCACAUUUCCUAUUCAGAAAAUCUCUGCAUGGAGAUUCUUACCUAUAUUGACUAGAUACAAAUAUUUGAUCAGCAGUACUUUUAAGAAUGUAAAACAACUCCAAACAACAAAGUGCAAGUGACACAAGGUGUUAAAGUGACGCUAGAGAUAUAAAUAGGUGCGACUUCCCCAGUGUUUAAAAACCACUUCAAAAACACUUAUUAAAAUAGUAUAAACAAAAGUAGAGAUAGGGACGCAACUUUAAAUGUAAUAAGAAAUUAAGUGGACCAUACCUAUUAAUAAUAGAGAGGACUUGAAAACAGGUCUGCAAGGAGGCACACCUGGUUCCAGUCCUAUUACCCUAAUGGAAAUAAGUAAGUAAAGGUAAUUGGCAAAAAGUGCCUAAUUCUAAAUUACCAAUUACCUUUACUUAGUAAUUGCCAUUAGGGUAAUAGGACUGGAACCAGGUGUGCCUCCUUGCAGACCUGUUUUCAAGUCCUUUCUAUUAUCUCCUUUCUCUGGGUUAGGCCCUGUAUUACCCCACAACCACUAAUAAAUUUGGUGGGACCUUUUCUCUCUCCAAUUUUGUAUAUCCCAAUACCUAUUAAUACUUAAGUAUUGUCCACUUAUUUUCUUAUUACAUUUAAAGUUGCGCCCCCUAUCUCUACUUUUGUUAGUACUUUUAAGAAUGAUGGAGGAAAUGUGUUAUUUUAUACUUUAUACUUACUUUCUUUAUAGUGUAAAGGAAUCAAGAAAUUGUUUAGGUGAUUUAUUCCUUCAAAUAUGUGCCCCCUCCCACCACCUUUGGAUACAUUUUUAGAUAACUUUUGACAAUGGUACACAAAGCUGAGGCAUUUUUCUGGUUCCCAAUCUUUACUUUCCUCCUUUUCCAUGUUUCUUCUUAAAUCUCUGUUAUUUACCUUCUCCGCCAGUUUGAGGGAAAGUUGGAGUAAUGUUGAGAUGGCUCAAAAACAUAUACCAAUGAAGUCCUGCCCUUUUUCUGUAAAUUGGUUUCUAAAGUGAAUGUAAUCUUGUUGCAUCUGUCUGUAUACACAAUUAUCCCACUAAAUACCCAAUGGACUCUGGAAAAGUCUACUAAAAUGUGUGGAUGAAAUUAUGUGUACUAUAUCUUAUAUUACAAAAAGAGAAUCAAUCUGCUUAUUCUAUGACUGAAAAAUGGGUCAUCAAUUAAGUUAUCUGAGUCCCUGUUAAUAACAGUUAAGUAUUGAAAAAAGUAAAAUAUAAUCCCCUGGAAUUUCUUCAAAGUAGUUGUUCCAGGUCUAUUAUAUAUAUGGUUAUAACUUCUAUGUGCCUAUACAUGAUAGCAUUAUUAUUAAAACAAGUAGAGUAAUAGCAAAAAGUAUAACCCAUUCCGGCAGAAACCUGGUUGUGUGUACAAAUAAAUAAAAAAAGUAAUAGGAGUUGAUACAAAUCACAAUGGUACCAUGCAAAAACUGACAUAAAUCAUAAAAAUAGCCACAACCAUGUUAUUAUGAUGCAAGAUGUAUUUAUAAUAUUUUUAUAGAAUUUUCAAGGGCUUACUAGGAAAUCAGCAUAUAAAAAUGCACAAUAUGAAUAUGUCAGCAUCAAGCUUUUAUUUAUCUCAUCGUAAGUGUGUGCAAUGUUUUAAAUAAAAGUACAAUUUGUGUAAAUAAAAUAAAAACCUAACAUAGAUCCAAAGCUGUUUUAUAAAAUGAAAACAGUAGUUUAAAUAAUGAAUACCUAGAAAUAUUGAACAGAAAUGCAAGUUAAUUAUCUAUUAAAUUGACACUCCACUGUCCAAAUAAAUAAAUAAAAAUGACUGUUUAGUAGAUAUACACCAAAGGAAAAAAUGCAUGAAUUUAAUUAAGCAUCUAUUAAUUUUGGGCAUCUCUAAAUACAGUUUGCAAAACCUGCAGAUCUCUUGUCUGUUGCCUUUGCAAGCCCUCCCCUUCUUCCCCAGCCCAGACGUUCUGUGUCUGUCCAAUCACAGACUUCCCAAUGCAGCACAAUGAGAAGUCUUUGCAAGGCUCUGAGCAAUUGUCUGCCUCUUGAGUUUAGCUCCACUGAGCUUAACAACCUGGAAGUAGCACGAACUGUUGUCUGCUUCAAAGUCAGAGGGGUGUAACAAGGUAUUUUGUAAAAGUGCCAAUUUCUAUCGAAUUCUGCACUUUUUCUAAAAUGAAAAAUAGAGGACCUGGCUGCGUGGGAGUGGGCAAAGUGGAGGAGAGAUUAAUGAAUCCAAGUUUUACCAUAACACAAAGUUGCUCUGGUGCUGAGAAUUAGUCUUUAAACAACUAGAGUACUCGUAGGCAGAUUCUGCUGCAUGCUUUCAUUUUCUCAAGUGUGGUCAACUUGUAUUUACUAUUGUUUGUAUUAGCGGAUCCUUUCCUGGGUUUCUUUGACAUCUCUGCCUUAUGAUGUCAAUGUCUCCUUUGCGUUUGUUAUCCAUAUUGUCCCUCAAUAUUCUCAAGACUAUGGCUUCCUUCAUGCAGUUUGGUGACAUCUGUGGUUCCGCUAUUACAGGUGUAUGGUGGGUGAUAUUAUUUCGCUAAAAGUUGUUGUGAAUGUUAUGUAACCCCAGCAACUGACAAUCGAUCAGUAAUAGUUUUCUAUGACAAAUUGGUUUUAUUUUUUAGUUCUGUUAUUUUGUUUAUUUGUUCUAUUGAAUUAAUUAUGUUGUGUUAGAUUGUGCAUUAGAUGUAUAUUUUUUGUUAAAUGUGGCUUUUCAGUUAUUUCUCCCAUUACAUUUUUUUUCCUCAUUUCAAAUAUUAUUCUGCAGAAGCUGGAUGGUUGUUUCCAUGGAGACUUUAGAUAGAGAGGUCUGGGGUUUUUCAUUGAAAUGUAGAUUGGGGCACAUUUUAUGUUUUAUGUUCUGAGGGCUGUCUUUCCUCUGCAACUUCCUUUGUUCGUUCACUGUUUGGAAAUGUCAGGGGGUUUAAUGUCAGGUGAGAUUCCAAAUAAUUCACACAUUGUAAGUGUCGCGCACUUCUAAGUGUGAAAGAACCUUACAUUAUAUACAUCAGCUAUGAGAGAAUAUAAGAACGAUGUGACUCAUCCACCCACCAGCCCUCUUUUUAUUUAUUGGAAAACUGUAUAAACCAUGUUGUAGCCUUUUUAGAGAUUUCUUACUGUACGGGCUACUGCAUGUAAUAUUCGAUGCUACAUAGAGGGUGACGUCCUUUCCCUCAUAAUGAACAGGAAAUAUUACAUGAAUGACAUUCCAAACCCUUAAUCUCCAGGAAAACAUUAUACAAAUGCACUGGCGUAGUUAGGUUACCUGGCACCUGGGGCAGAAGUGUACAUUGCCACUCCAUCCCUCUCCCCCGAACUGUAGAAUAUUUUUGUUGUUGUCUCUCUGCAAUGCCCCUAAGACCCUUCUGGUAAAUUACAAACACAUACUCACAUUUCUAUACAAACAUGUUCACACACUCACAUUUAUGCACACACACACACACAAACAAACAUCCAUACUCACACACACUCACAUUUAUGCACACACACACAUCCAUACUCACACACAAAUAUCCAUGUUCAUACACACUCACAUUUAUAUACACACAAACAUCCAUACUCACAUUUAUAUACACACAUGAACAUCCAUACUCACACACACUAACAUUUAUAUAUACACACAAACAUCCAUAUGAACACACACUCACAUUUAUAUAUACACACAAACAUCCAUACUCACACACACUCACAUUUAUAUGUACACACAAACAUCCAUACUCACACACACUAACAUUUAUAUGUACACACAAACAUCCAUAUGAACACACACUCACAUUUAUAUAUACACACAAACAUCCAUAUGAACACACAUUCACAUUCAAAUACACAUUCUCAAAUUCAUACACACACGCGUAUUCACGCACUCAAGCAUUGAUGUUACAUCACGGUCAGAGCACAGACUGGUGCCAGCAGCUCCCUUGCUGCACUAUCAGUGGUCUGUUACGUGAAAUCUGAAUACCAUUACUACAACAUACAGAAUCCAGUACUCACAACUUCAAAGCAUAUAUAUAACAUUCUUUCUCUGUAAAAUGGUUGUUCUCAUAUUUCCGUUGUUCACUUACAUAUCUUUUUGUUUUUUCAUUAACCAGCUAACAAUGUCUGCUUUUAUGGUGAGUGCUCCUACUACUGCUCUAUGGAACACGGUUUGUGUGGCAAGCCCGACCUUCUAGAGGGGUCAAUGGCCGCCUUUCUACCAGACAGUGCACUAGCAAAGAGAAAGUCUUGGCGGAGCCCUUGGAGACGCUCCUAUCACAAGAGUAAAAAGGCAGAGUAA